AGCGAGCACUCACCCGGCUUUCUACAUGGAGAAGAUACAGACAAAACGCGUAGGAGAGCGACUGGAGGGACUCAACAAAGAAUCAGGAUGGUCUAUACCACGGCUCUGCUUUUCGGACACGGACUGCCCGUCUCCUCGGAGGACGAAAGUGUCGCUGACAUGAUAGGAAAGUACUUCUCCCAGCUCACGGCGCCGGCACAGAAGAGAAGCUGUGCCCGGCGGGGGAGCGUCGACAGCUGCGAUGAGAUGGACAAGAGCUUGCCGAGUGCCGACUUGGACUCUGGCUUGGAGUAUGAAGAGAGGCUCCUCCAGCAGGACCUGACCCGGCUGAUAGAGCGCUGUCUCUCCGAGGCCAAGGCCUCCCUUCUCCGCUGCCAGGUGCUGCUGCUGCCCCGCCAGAUGUCCGCCAGAGUCGGCCGGGACGUGGUGCGCUCCUCGGCCGACGAGCCGUGCGGGCUCCGGGGCGCCUCCAUCAAGGUGUACCUGGAGGGUAAAGACGGGCUGAAGUCUCUGGGCAGCGUCUCUCCUGACCCCAGCGUCACCCCGACCUUCGAGCUCUCCGUCGUCUUCAAGGCGGACGACGACGGCUGGCCGCCAUUCAAGCACAUCUUCGGCACCGACAAGGUGUUGAAGCUGAGACCGGAGUACCGGCUGGUGAAGAGGAAGCUCUACUCGUCCGCCAGCCCCGUCAUUCACGACUUCCACUAGGGCUGGAUUUAAAGUCUAAUUUUCCACAGGGAAGUUAAGAGACUCUCAAUGUUCCACCCGAAGCCCUGGUUUUCCUUAAGUUAAAUGACACAAAAGUUGGAAUGCACUGAAACAGACUGGAAUGUUUGACCAAUUUUUUUUUAGUUUAGUUCAAUGGCGAUGAAUGGCUUAUUUCUUGUAUGAAUGAGAAACAUGUGGCAUGAAGUCAAACUGAUUCUUUUUCUACACACUGUAACCAACAUGCCCAGCUGUUUGUACAGAAGUAGGUUGUUGAAAGUUAAUAAUGUAAACCAGGAAGACUUCUUUCCAGGUGAGCUGGUCUCACUCAUGUCUGGUGCACUGUACUUUUUUAUUAUUAUUAUUUAUAGAAUAUAAAAUAAAAAAACAUUUGCACAUUA